CACCCUCUUGUUCACCAGGGUUUCGUACCCGCUUCCCUCGUUAAUAAUGUUGGCCUCCUUCUGGAAGACCAUCGCCCUCCUGGCAGCACUCCUUCUCCAGGACGCCUCAGCCCAGCAGUACCUCGGAGAUGUUAUCACUAAUGUCACAUACCCCGGUGUGCCUGGCUCAGAACUCGUCUACUUCAGAGUCAAAGACCCUGCUGGAAAGAACAACAACCUCACUCUCGUUAAUUACCAGUCUCUUGGAUCGAACGGCAAGCGUAUUGUGCCUUCAAAGAUCAAGCGUGCUGUUAUCAUCGUGCAUGGUCUCAAUCGUGACGCUGCAACUUAUAUGAGUAAUAUGCUCAGUGCACUCUCACAGGUCACGAGCGAUAGCAACAUCAACCAAGACUCCGUUGUCAUCAAUGCACCCAGUUUCCCCAACGGCGACGACAAGAAUGCUUCAUACCCAUACUGGGAUUAUCCUCCUGGUGCUAAGAAGAAGGCUAGCGGUGGCGCGCAAUCUUGGUCCAACGCUCUGGUCUGGAAGGGUUCGCAGUGGGCUGGCGGUGGUACUAACCAAUACCCUGUCAAGAACACCAAUGUCUCUUCUUACGACGUCCUUGAUCAGCUGAUUCAGUACUAUUCCGACAAGUCGAUCUUUCCCAACGUCAACCAAGUUGUCAUUGCUGGUCACUCUCUUGGUGCUCAGACAGUCCAGCGCUAUGCUACUGUUGGCAAGCCUCUCAGUUCUAUGGGGGUCUCUGUUCCUGUCACAUACUGGAUUGCUAACCCCAACAGUCUUGUCUGGUUGAACUCAUCUCGUCCUCUUUCCAGUGCUAGCUGUGCAGGCUACGAUGACUGGCGUGAUGGUCUCAAUGCUUAUGCCGAUUACCCCAGCAUCUACAAUACCGGCCUAGUCGCCUCUGGCACCUCGGCCGUGCUUGCCAACUACCAGUCCAAGAACAAGGCUUAUGCUCGUGGCACACUCGACAUGGGCGACGACUCAUCUGGCUGCGCUCCUUUUACCACUGGCGGCAACCGUCAUGAGCGCUUCUACUACUUCAUCAACUGGUGGACUCCUACUUGUGAGGCCCCAACAUCAGCUUCGGGUCAUUGUGACACCAUUGAUUUGGUUGUUAUGGGCCACGAUGGUGGUGGUAUGAUGGCUUCCGCUGCUGGCCAGGCUCGUCUCUUUACCGAUAACUUCUAUGGCGACGGUGCAAGAUCUUACGAUUUUGGUUACCCUCGCAUUCAAGCCAAUGUUGACGAUCCGUUCCCUAACCCGGCCUACAACGAAACUACAAACUCUCAGACCUCCGUCUACACCGGUAACAUGACCUUUGCAGGCUGCUACACCGAUUCUGGUACUCGUACGCUGAACACCAUGAUCUACGAGUCAUCCUCGAACACGAUCGACAUGUGCACUGCUGCUUGUGUCAAUGCUGGGUACUCUGUUGCAGGCAUGGAAUAUGGCACCCAGUGCUGGUGUGACAAUCAGAUCGGUCCUGAUGCCCAGAAAGUCCUGGAUCUUGGUUGUAGCCAGGCUUGCGCUGGCAAUUCCAGCCAGACUUGUGGUCAGUCCAACCGACUGUCACUCUACUCCAACGGCGCUCCCAGCCAGCGUCAGGCUCCUUCCAACCCUGAAGUCGUGGGCAACUACUACUUCUCUGGUUGCCACAGCGAAGCCUCUUCAGGCCGUGCUCUCUCUGGUCCUUCAUACUCUGAUGGCAAGAACAUGACCCUAGAGAGCUGUGCAGCAUUCUGCAAUGGAUACAAGUACUUUGGUAUCGAGUAUGCCGGAGAAUGUUACUGUGGUUCGUACUUCGGUGCGGGCAGUGCGAUCGUUGCUGAUAGCACUUGCUCUAUGCUGUGCACGGGCAACUCGCUCGAGCUUUGUGGUGGAUCCGGCGCUCUUUCUGUUUACCAGCUCAACUCUGAUGCUCCUGUUUCCACCAUUGUUCAAGGCUCGACUACUGCUGCCCCUGUUGCAUCAAACACUGGCGUCUCGGCAUCUGGUCUUCCCUCUGCCAGUCUUUGCCCUGCCACUAAUGGACAGACCGUUGCUGACUCGAACAACGCUACCUACUUGGUCGGAUGCUCGUCGGACACAUCGAUCGGCUCAUAUGCUAGCUCCCAGGCAGUCAACUCUUACUUUGACUGCAUGGUUGCUUGUGAUAAUGCUGCUUCAACCAACUGCGUUGCAUUCACAUAUGUCGGAGGAACCAACGGUCAGGGAUCGGGAACUUGUUACCUCAAGAACAGCCAGGGCUCAUUCAGCGCUGGAGCAUCGAACCUUGUUUCGGGCUUCAAGAGCUCGUCUGGUUCUGUGAACACUAUUACAUCGACAACAUCGUCAGCCGCUCCUGCUGCGACCACCUACGCAAACGGUUCGACUCCUUCGGUGGGUGGUGUUACCUACGGUAUUGAGGUCGACGUCACCUACCAAGGCACACUUGUAUCUUCAUCGUUGCCGCAGAAGCGAGCCGCUGUUGUUGUUGGUGACUGCCUGAACGCCUGCGCUCAAAACAGCGCUUGUGUCGGAACUGCAUUCGAUGGCUCUGCUUGUACACUCUACGGUUCGAUUGACACCAGCACAAAGUCAUCUGCUCCUGGAACGACAUUUGCCACUGUCAAGUCCCGAUCGACUGCCACUUCAACUUCAUCGAGCAGCACAGGAAUCCCUUCCGCCAGUCUCUGCCCCAGCACCAAUGGUCAAACUGUCAAGGGCUACGUUGUCAGCUGCUCUUCGGAUACCAACAUCGGAUCUUAUGCAAACGCUCAGGCCGCCAACUCCUAUCUCGAGUGCAUGUCUGCUUGUGACGCCGCAGCUUCUACUGGAUGUCAAGCAUGGACAUAUGUUGGAGGUACAAAUGGUCUUGGUAGCGGUGCCUGUUAUUUGAAGAACAGCAAGGGAAGCUUCACCCCUACUGGCUCUAAUUACGUGGCUGGAAUGGCUGCAUCUCAGCCUUCUUCCUCAUCAUCGUCUUCGCUCAGCUCGACUCAGAGUGGAUCGGCUUCUUCUUCGGUGGCUGUAUCUUCAAGCUCGGUAUCUUCGACGACCUCGUCAGCAGCAACCGCUUCAGCAUCCAGCAACCUUUGCCCAACUGUAGACUCGCAGGAUGUUACCGAUUCGAACGGAAAAAUCUACACGAUCAAGUGCAGCUCAGACACCACCAUCGGAUCCUUUGCAAAUGCCCAGGCUGUAAACACAUACGCUGACUGCAUGACCGCUUGCGACUCUACCACAGGAUGCGUGGCCUUCACAUACGUUGGAGGUGCCAACGGCCAGGGCAGUGGAGCCUGUUAUCUCAAGAAUGCCCUAGGUAGCGCCAGCCCUGCAGGUGGUAACAACUACAUUUCUGGAUUCUUGAAGCAGACUGUUACAAGCUCGUCAAGUACCGUCACUUCUGCUCUUUCGAGCUCGGCAUCGUCGAACUCAGCAUCUUCAAGCUCGGUCUCAUCGAGCUCAGUUUCAUCAAGCACGGUCUCCUCCUCUACCGGAGUUCCUUCCGCUAGCCUUUGCCCCCAAGCAAAUGGCCAGACCAUUACUGAUUCGAACGGCAAUCUUUACAAUGUCACCUGCUCUGCUGAUAACUCAGUGGGCUCGUACACCAACGCUCAGGCAUCUACUUCAUACCUUGACUGUAUGGCAGCCUGUGACGCAGCUGCCUCCUCCGGCUGUCAAGGAUUCACCUAUGUUGGUGGUGCCAACGGCCUCAACUCAGGCACAUGUUGGCUCAAACAGAGCAUGGCUGACUACCCCGCCUCGAGCAACAAUGUCAUUUCUGCUGUCAAGGUUGCCAAGUCAAACGUCUUGUCUUCAGUCCCAAGCAGUUCAGCUUCAAGCAGCUCAGCUUCAAGCAGCUCGGUUUCAAGCAGCUCGGUCUCGUCGUCAAGCAGCUCAGCAAGCCAGUCAAGUAGCUCGGCUAGCCAGUCCAGCAGUUCGAGCACUGAUCUCUCAAGCUCCGCUAGUCAGUCUAGCAGUUCAAGCACCAUUGCUUCAAGCUCAGCAAGCCAAACCAGCAGCUCAAGCACUGCUCCUUCCAGCUCUUCCAGCCAGUCGAGCACUUCGGCAAGCCAGACAACCAGCUCAAGCAUCGCUUCCUCAAGCUCAGCAAGCCAGUCGAGCAGCUCCAGCAGCGAUUCUUCCAGCUCAGCUAGCCAAUCAAGCAGUUCAGCAAGUCAGACGAGCAGCUCGAGCGUUAUCUCCUCCAGCUCGGCAAGCCAGACAAGCAGUUCGAGCGUGGCCUCCUCCACCUCGAUUUUGGCUACCCAGUCGAGCAGCUCAAGCAUAGUCUCGUCGACCUCUUCGAGCCAAACAAUCAGCUCAAGCAGUUCGAUCGUUUCUUCAACUUCAGCAAGCCAGACAAGCAGCUCCUCGGCCACAACUCUCUCUACGCUCACAUCGUCUUCGACCUCGUCCACUUCAUCUGCUCUGUCGCUUCCUACCGGCUUCUCCUCGUACGGAUGCUUCAUUGAUGGCAAUCCUCGCGCCCUGGCCUACUCUGCUGGCUCCAAGAGCGACAACACUCCCUACAAGUGUGCCUCUACCUGCCAAAGCUUAGGCUACAAGUACGCAGGAACCGAAUACGGCAGCGAGUGUUGGUGUGCCAACGCUGCCCCCACUUCGAGCACAAAGGCCACUGACUGCAACAUGGCCUGCAGCGGUGACAAGACCCAGACCUGCGGCGCCGGAAACCGUCUCUCCGUCUACGUUGACAACACCUGGACCCAGAAGUUCAGCGCUCGUCCUAGCUAUGGUUCUUGGAACCUGAUGGCUUGUUACACCGAUGGCAGCAACGGUCGUAUUCUGCCUCAGACCAUGAGCAUGACUGGCGGCUCCAACAACGCCACCAUUGCCAACUGCCUUGACGCCUGUGCCAAGAGCGGCCUUCGCGUCUGUGGUGCCGAGUACUACCAAGAGUGUUACGGUGGCUCAGUUGCUCCUAGCGCCAGCCUGAUCGCCGGUUCUGACCCCCUGACCUCCGGCUGCAACUACCCUUGCACUGGCAACAAGACCGAGGCCUGUGGUGGAUCCAACAAGAUCCUGGUUUACAUCAACAACGGCACCAUGCCCAGCCGUCGUUAAGCUGAUGCUCCAUUUUUAUUUUUCAUGAUCUCUAAUUCAUAUCCCUAAUGUGUACGGGACCUUAAUUUACAUACGCCUAUGCUCUGUACAUAGCUUUUCUUUUAUUUACGACCUAUAGAUCUCUAUACAG